AAGGAAAUAUAAAACCACUUUCCCCAAAACCCUACUCUCAGUCUCGCUCCUUCCUGUCUCCCGGAAUACAGGUUAGAGAGGGAAAAGUGAGCUCAAUUUUGAAUCUGCAACAAUGUCGAUGUCUAGGAGUUCGAAGAUGCUCCAUUAUAUAAACUAUCGGAUGCGUGUUACGAUCCAGGAUGGGCGUCAGCUCAUCGGAAAAUUCAUGGCCUUCGAUCGGCACAUGAAUUUGGUACUUGGAGACUGCGAAGAGUUUCGUAAACUUCCACCUAUUAAAGGAUCCAAGGAGGAGCGCGAGGACCGCCGCACCCUUGGCCUUGUUCUUCUUCGUGGAGAGGAGGUCAUUUCGAUAACUGUCGAGGGCCCACCUCCCCCCGAUGAGUCCCGUGUAAAGGCCGCUGGUGCAAACGCUGUUCCGGGACCAGGGAUUGGUCGGGCCGCUGGCCGGGGUGUGCCGACUGGCCCGCUUGUGCAGGCCCAACCUGGGCUUUCUGGGCCUGUAAGAGGAGUAGGCGGACCAGCGCCUGGAAUGAUGCAGCCGCAGAUCUCGCGCCCGCCGCAGAUUUCCAUGCCUCCGAUUUCUUAUCCUCCCCAGCAGCAGGCAUCUGGGGUUCAGGCUCCUGUCCUAAGGCCUCCGUCUAUGCCGCCCCCUGGUGGUUUCCCUCCGAGGCCUGGGAUGCCGGGUGCAUCGAUGCCGCCUCCACCUCAGUUUAGGCCGGGGCCGCCUGGUCAGUUUCCGCCUUCACAGUUUGGGCAGAGGCCGAUGGGUCCUCCCCCACCUCAGAUGAUGAGGGGUCCUCCACCUCCCGGAGCGCCUAUGAGACCUGGAAUGCCUGGCGCCCCGCCUCCUGGACAGAUGCCGCCACGCCCAGGCAUGCCGCCGCCACCUCCUGGCGGACAAGUUCACAUGUUUGGUCCCCCCAGACCUGGAAUGCCUCCUCCACCCAAUGCACCUUCUCAGAAUCAGCAACAGUAGUAAUAAAAACUGUCUUAGAAAUAUAAAGAUAAGAUAAGGAGAAUUGGCUGAAUGAUUGAAGAAAAUUGAAAUUAAACCCCCGUUUGUUUGGUGCACAUUAUUUGGGAAAAUAAUACAUUUUUUUCCAUCAAAUCAGUCUACAAUAUUUGACUUCAACACUGUAAGGUAGGACCUAUGAUGUGAUGUUUAAAAUGCAUUUUUGUUGGAAAAAUAUGGAACAAACGACCCCUAAAUUGUAUUGAUUUCUCACACCGUAAGCUGUACAGAGGUAUGUGUCUAUAUAUAUGCCAAAGACUAUUCUAGAAGAAUAUUUACAUGCAAUACAGAUUUACAUAACAAAUUCUCUAACUAAUAUUGAAUAUCUCUUCCUUCUCUAGAGAGUUCUUAUUCUGUUAUUGUUGUGUAGUGGUUAAUUCCCAAUGUGUCCUUCCUUUGUUGACUGUGUUGCUGAGUCUGCUGUCUUUCUAAUUCAGCAGCUUUGUCACCUUCCAAUACUCUGUUCCUGCACUUUUUGUCUGCCGAAUUGCAUCUCGUCUUUCCUUAAAGAAUAUCACUCUUCUUUGAUGUAGUGGUUGCCAUGGCAAACAUUUUUAUACAUUGUGAAUUCCUCAGUAUAAAAAGUUCUAAAAGAAUCUUUCUGCUGUAUAUUUGAACCUGUUCUCUUAAAUUAGUCUAAGUUUAUACGACAAGUUCAUAUCUAAAAGAAAUGUCUGAUAUAAUCCUAAUUGGGAGGUGUCGCCGUCGGCUUUAUUUCUUUGUUUUUUUUCAUUCGAUUGAUAGGAUUGCAUUCAAUUUCUUCUGUUUCCUAUGAUUACUGGAUGCUUUUGUUUGAACCAACCUUGAUUAACAAUUAACGUACGAUUAUUUCAUU